ACAACUCAAUGAUCUUCUCUUCUCUCUUUACUUUCUUUCCUCUUUUCCAAACUCCACUUCUUUACCUUAAACUUUUCCCUUUCAUAAACAAAAUAUAAUCCACACACACACACUCUUUAAAUAUUUUGUACCUUUUAUAUUUACAUUUUAUAAUAAGCCUAUAAUUAGUACUCACUUUGUGCAUGCCCUUCAUGGAAGAACAAAAUAAUCAACAAAAUCAUUAUUCUAGAAGAAGCAUUUCUUUUGAAAGAAGUAAACUCCCCAAUUUUUUAAUAUCCGUGAAACUAAAAUAUGUGAAACUUGGUUACCAUUAUUUGAUUUCUAAUGCUAUGUACCUUGUUUUAAUACCUCUCCUUGGAGUAGCUUCAGUUCACUUAUCAACUUUUUCAAUCAAAGAUUUAAUCCAAAUAUAUGAAAAUCUCAAAUUCAACUUUGUGUCAAUGCUUAUAUGUACAAGUCUAGUAGUAUUUCUUGCAACCCUUUAUUUCAUGUCUCGUCCAAGAGGCAUAUACUUGGUUGAUUUUGCAUGCUACAAACCACAAAAAGAUUUGCAAGUCACAAGAGAGAUUUUUGUAGAAAGAUCAAUUUUAACAAAAGCAUUUACAGAAGAAACUCUUUCUUUUCAAAAGAAGAUACUUGAGAGGUCAGGUUUAGGGCAAAAGACAUAUUUGCCACCAGCAAUAAUGAGGGUCCCACCUAAUCCAUGUAUGGCUGAAGCAAGGAAAGAAGCUGAAGAGGUUAUGUUUGGUGCUAUUGAUGAGGUUCUUCAAAAAACUGGUGUGAAGGCUAAGGAUAUUGGGAUUUUGGUUGUGAAUUGUAGUUUGUUUAAUCCAACACCAUCUCUUUCUGCCAUGAUUGUGAAUCAUUAUAAGUUGAGAGGAAAUAUCUUGAGUUAUAAUCUUGGUGGUAUGGGUUGUAGUGCUGGUCUUAUCUCUAUUGACCUUGCCAAACAGCUCCUACAGGUACAUCCAAACUCAUAUGCCUUAGUAGUGAGCAUGGAGAACAUAACACUAAACUGGUAUUUCGGCAACGACAGAUCAAUGCUAGUGCCAAAUUGUCUCUUUAGAAUGGGAGGAGCAGCAGUUCUCCUCUCCAACAAGCCACGCGACCGCCUCCGAUCAAAAUACCAACUAGUCCACACCGUCCGAACGCACAAAGGUGCAGACAACAAAUCCUACGGCUGCGUCUUUCAAGAAGAAGACGACACAAAGCAAGUCGGUGUAUCACUCUCAAAAGACCUAAUGGCUGUUGCCGGAGAAGCACUCAAAACAAACAUCACAACAUUAGGACCAUUAGUCCUACCUAUGUCGGAACAGCUCUUAUUUUUCGGGACAUUGGUUGCGCGAAAAAUCUUCAAGAUGAAAAUAAAACCAUACAUUCCUGAUUUUAAAUUAGCUUUUGAGCAUUUUUGUAUUCAUGCUGGUGGAAGAGCUGUUUUGGAUGAGUUGGAGAAAAAUCUUGAUUUAAGUGAUUGGCAUAUGGAACCAUCAAGGAUGACACUGAAUAGAUUUGGUAACACUUCUAGUAGUUCAUUGUGGUAUGAAUUGGCUUAUACUGAAGCUAAAGGGAGGAUUAAAAAAGGUGAUAGAACUUGGCAAAUUGCAUUUGGUUCUGGUUUUAAGUGUAAUAGUGCUGUUUGGAAAGCAUUGAAGACUAUUAAUCCUGCAAAGGAGAAGAAUCCUUGGAUUGAUGAGAUUCAUGAGUUUCCUGUUCAUGUGCCUAAAGUGUCAAAAGUUAUUGGUUCUUAAAUAUCAAUAUUUUCAUGUUUUUUUUAUGUAUAUUAAGGAGGGUGUUUUAAUGGAUGAAAGUUGUUUAUGGUAUUGUUGAUAUUUCUUAGGAGAUGUUGUAAGAAUAGAAGAAAAUAACUAUGCCAAUUUGUAAUUUGUUUUUGGUAUAAGUGUGCACACAAUUAUUGUCCAUGUUGGUCAUUUGUUUUUGUUUGUAUCAAUUGACUAGUUCAUUAUGUAUGGCAAUUAAUUUUCAAA